AAUUUACACAAAGAAAGCGGCGCAGGUAAAGAUAAUAGCAGAUCGUGUCUACAAACUGGCGCACUCUGGUCACCAACAGGCAAACUCAUAAGCGGAUUACACGGAUCUUUCUUUUCUCCUUCAAAUUAUGCAAUUCAAACAAAUCUUGAUUAUGCAAUCCAAUAUUGUCCGAAUCCAAAUAUGAAACACGUCCUCGACAAAUUGGCACUCAUUCUGAAUCAGUAUCUCUAGAAGUUAAGUCGCAAAAGUGUUCCCAUAAGAAAACUUAACGUGUGUUUAAAGAACUUAACCGUAAUCGGCAGGUGUCUUCACGCACACACAUGUGGAUCCUGACGCAUCGGUGCGUCACUUUCGCAAAGGACUCGCAGAGACGGGAGAUCAUGGGACGCGCGUCGGAAAGAGGACAGCAUAGAUCGCAGGAUCGCGCGGUUUAAGUGCGCAUCGCCAUGGCGAGGUGGAGAUGGACACUGCUGAUUCUGACGAGCGUCUGGGCGCUGGGCGACGGUUACCUGGCGGUAUUGCCGUCCAGCACGCCCGCCGGCACCGUCGUCUUCGAGGCCGGGGUGCCGCAGCUGGGCGGUCGUCGCAAGUACGAGGCGUCCAGCGAGCGCACCGCUUGGUUCGCUCGGAAGCUCCUCAAGGUCCAUCCGCACACCGGUCGCGUGACUCUGGCGAAGACGCUCAGCUGCGACGGUCUCCAGUAUCCGCGCGUCUUCACCUUCUACGUCGACUCGACGAGCUCUCGCCUCGGUAGGCCCACCAUCGACUACUACAGUUUGCCAUUGAGGAUUCUGAUCACCGGAUGUGGCGGCGAGAAUCGCGACCUGGCGGCCACCAGAGGCUGGAUGGCGGAGACUCUGGCUUCUUACGCGAUGCCCAGCACUGACAGGUUUACCGAGGUGUGUCUGCGGACGUCUCAACUAGUGGCAGCUCUCCGCGACUUUCUGCCUCAGACGGCAAUGAAGGAGUGCGAAACGAGAUGGGGUGGAGUGGCGGAUCCCAGGUUCCUCGUGGAAGGUGCCGCCGGAGACCUGGUUUCCGCCACCGAGCAGUGCCUGGUCGAUCCAUUGUGGAAGGUCUCGGUCAGCAUGAACCUGCGCUGCGCCGGCGACUCGCGCCUGGCCGAUGCCGAACAUCGCCUGAAGAUUGUGUUCCAUCACCGUCAGCUGGACGACACCGAUCUGGGGAGGAGGGUGAGGCGGGAGCUCAAGAAUCAAUCGCCAUACUUCGAGCAGCCGCUCUACGUUGCCGCGGUAGAGGAGGAAAGAGAGCCGGGGGUGUAUGUGACUUCGGUGAGAGCUAGAGAUCCUGAAAACGGCGCCGUAAGGUAUUCCAUGAGUUCGCUGAUAGAUGCGAGAUCACAGGCGUUAUUAGCUCUCGAUCCAGUGAGCGGAAGAGUGACCACCCGUGCUAGAUUGGACAGAGAAAGCGUCGACGUGCACUAUUUUCGGGUGUUAGCGGUGGACGAUUCGUUUCCUCCGCGUACCGGCACAACGACUCUUCAAGUUAACGUGUUGGAUGCGAACGAUCACGCGCCUAGCUUCGAGGGGCCGGAGUACGACGCGUCGGUGCGCGAGGGUGUUCCCGUAGGUUCCACGGUGAUUACAGUCAAAGCUACGGACCAGGAUACCGGAAGGAACGCCGAGGUGGAAUACUCUAUCGUCUCCAUCACGGCGGGUGGUAGCACCACGCAUACGGAGGACGCGGCGACCUUUAGAAUCGACUCCAGAUCCGGCGUGGUUACCACACGGACUGCGCUCGACCGCGAGCAAACCGAGAUCUACACGGUAGUGCUCAGCGUCACGGAUCAAGCGACCCCGCCGUCGGCGCGACGUAGUGCGAACGCGACUCUGAUAGUACGCGUGCUGGACGACAACGACAACUAUCCGCAGUUCACCGAGCGCACGUACUCGGCGGCCGUACCAGAAGAUUUGGAUUACACGACUAAUCCGGUGAUAGCGCGCAUCAGGGCGGCGGACGCGGACGCCGGCGCCAAUGCGGCUGUCCGCUACGCCAUCAUCGGCGGCAACACGCAAAACACCUUUUCGAUCGACUCGAUGAGCGGCGACGUUGCCCUGGUUAAGCCACUCGACUACGAGUCUACGAGGAGCUACAAGAUUGUCAUACGCGCUCAGGACGGAGGCUCGCCUGCGCGUUCCAACACCACCCAACUUCUCGUCAUGGUCAAGGAUGUCAACGACAACGCGCCGAGAUUCUAUACCAGCCAUUUUCAAGAAUCGGUGUCGGAAAACGUGCCGCUGGGGUACUCGGUCCUGAGGGUGCAAGCGUACGACGCCGACGAGGGCAACAACGCGCUCAUCAAGUACACCAUCGGCGCGCGAGAUUUCACCGGUGCCUCCACGGAGAACUUUCCCAUCACUGUGAACGCAGAAAUGGGGUGGAUUUACACGACGAAGCAGUUGGAUCGCGAACAGUGCUCGAGGUAUCAAUUUACCGUAAUCGCGGCGGAUUCUGGGGAGGAACCAAAAUCUGCAAGUGCGACAGUAAUUCUCACGGUAACCGACGUGAACGACAACGAUCCUUACUUCGAGCCAAAGAAUUAUGAGACUGUAGUGUCGGAGGACGAUCCGCCGGGCACGCCGGUCGCCUCGGUGACCGCCACCGAUCCGGACGAAGACGCGAGGAUCCAUUACGAGAUCACGGGCGGCAACACUCGAGGACGCUUCUCCAUCGCGUCGCAGAACGGCCGUGGCCUCAUCACCGUCGCCCAGCCGCUCGACUAUAAGCAGGAAAAGCGGUUUGUGCUGACAGUGACAGCGUCGGAUAGCGGUGGUCGUACCGACACCGCCCUGGUCUACGUCAACGUGUCGGACGCCAACAACUUCUCUCCGGUGUUCGAGAACGCGCCGUACUCGGUCUCGGUAUUCGAGGACGCGCCGAUCGGCGUUACCGUCCUGGUGGUGAGCGCCACCGACUCCGACGUCGGCAAGAACGCCCAGAUCACGUACAGCCUGGCGACUGACAACGGCGAGCAAACGGUCACCGAGUUUACCAUCAAUCCGCAGACUGGGGCGAUCACGACGACGAAGGCGCUCGAUCGCGAACUGGUGCCCUCGUACCUGUUGACGGUGACCGCCCGGGACGGCGGAGUGCCAUCGAUGUCGGACACUACCGAUGUGGAGAUCUCCGUCACGGACGUAAAUGACAACGCGCCGGUCUUCGAAGCGCCUCAGUACCAAGGUUCCAUUCCCGAAGACGUUUUGGUGGGUACCAGCGUACUGAGAGUCUCGGCGACUGAUGCGGACACCGAUCUCAACGGCCGGGUGAGGUACGCCUUAGAGGACGAUGGCGACGGCGCGUUCGCGAUUGACUCUACGACAGGCAUCAUCCGGACCGCGAAACCAUUGGAUCGAGAAUCGGUGGCGCAUUACAUCUUGAGGGCUGCCGCCAUAGAUCGCGGCUCGCCCGCGCUCUCGUCCGUAGUUCCUGUCACCGUCAAGAUCGAGGAUAUCAACGACUCGCCGCCCGCCUUUGAGAACGAUAAGAUCGUUCUUUACAUCGCCGAGAACUCGCCGAUCGGCUCGACCGUCGGCGAGAUCUACGCUCACGAUCCGGACGAGGGCCCUAACGCGGUGGUGCAGUACAGCAUCAUCGGCGGCGAGGACUCCAACAGCUUUAGCUUGAAUAUCCGCCAAGGUGCCGACCGAGCCGAACUGAUCACCCUCGAGGAACUCGACUACGAAUCGCCGAAGAAGAAGUUUGAACUUGUAGUGCGAGCCGCGUCGCCGCCGCUGCGCUCGGACGCGGUGGUGCAGAUCCUGGUGACCGAUGUUAACGACAACGCUCCGGUGCUUAAGGACUUUCAAAUCAUCUUCAACAAUUUCAAGGACUUCUUCCCGACCACGCCGAUCGGUCGGAUACCAGCGGUGGACGCCGACGUGACGGAUAAUCUCGUCUACAGCAUCCUCAGCGGCAACAAUGCGAAUUUAAUCGAUCUCAACAGGACUACCGGCGAGAUCCGGCUGUCGCCGCAGCUCAACACCAAUGUGCCGCGAGUGGCGACUAUGGAAGUUUCUGUGACGGAUGGUAUCAACGAAGCAAAGGCCACGAUGACGCUAUCGGUGCGCCUCAUCACCGACGAGAUGCUGUUGAACUCGAUCACCGUGAGGCUAGACGACAUGACGGUGGAGGCAUUUCUCAGCCCUCUUCUGGGUUACUUCCUGGACGGCUUGGCAGCUAUCAUUCCAUGCCCGCGCGAGAACAUCUUCCUUUUCAGCGUUCAGGAAGACGCGAACGUUCACAGCAAGAUUCUCAACGUGAGCUUCUCGGCACGCAGGGUCGAGCCCGGCACGGUUGACGAAUUUUACAGUCCGCAAUUUCUUCAAGAACGGGUAUACCUCAACCGCGGUAUCCUGGCGAGAUUGGCGACAGUCACCGUCUUGCCUUUCGACGACAACCUCUGCGUUCGCGAGCCUUGCCUGAACUUCGAGGAGUGCUUGACGGUGCUCAAGUUUGGCAACGCGUCUGGUUUCGCCAGCAGCGACACGGUCCUCUUCCGGCCCAUUUAUCCAGUGACCACGUUCGCGUGCAGAUGCGCUCGCGGCUUUACCGGCAAUCGCGAGGCUUACAUGUGCGACACCGAAGUGAAUUUGUGCUACUCGAAUCCUUGUAUGAACGGCGGCACCUGCCACAGACGAGAGGGCGGGUACUCGUGCACCUGCCGAGCGGAUUUUACCGGCGUAAACUGCGAAAUCUCGUUAGACCACGGCGCUUGCUCACUCGAUAUCUGCAAGAGCGGUUCUCAGUGUACCGUAAAGAAUAGUGGCGGUUUUACCUGUGAAGGCUGCUCCGUAUCCGCUCCGGAAAGCGUAACGUCUCUCUGCGAACUGAGAGCACGCAGUUUCGGUUCAGCGACAUUUCUCACCUUCGCCUCUCUCAAGCAACGCCAUCGUCUUCAUCUCAGAUUGAAAUUUGCCACCGAGUUACCCGAUGGUUUGUUACUCUACAACGGCAGAUACAACGAACGCCACGAUUUCAUCGCCCUGGAGAUCGUGGACUCGCGCGUACAGUUUAGCUUCUCCCUCGGUGACGAAGUGACAAGAGCGACGGCGAGCGUUCCUGGCGGUGUUUCCGACGGUCGAUGGCACGAGGUGGUAGUCUCGUAUAUUAAUCGGACGGUGACGGUGUCUCUGGACGAUUGCGACGUCGCGCUCGCUCUAAAGCACGGGGAGAGACUGGGUCCGAGAUGGACCUGCGCCGGUAGAAGCGAGAGAGUCCUCGAGGAACGCUGCGGCCUCGUCACCGAGACCUGCCACAGAUUCCUCGACUUAACUGGACCGUUGCAAUUGGGAGGUCUGCCAGCGAUCCCAUCCAGCUUCCAAAUCCGGAACAAGGACUACGUCGGGUGCAUCAGUGAUUUCUACAUCGAUCACGUUUUCGUUGACUUGAACUCGUUCGUCGCCGAUAACGGAACGAACGCCGGGUGCCCCGAGAAGGCAGCCUUCUGCGCCUCGUCGCCCUGCAGGAACAAUGGCAAGUGCCGCGAAAUCUGGUCGGGCUUCGUAUGCGAAUGUGAACAUAACUUUGCAGGAGCUACCUGUGCCGAAGAGAUCGGGGCACCGUACGGCUUUCAUGGCGACGGCAUGCUCGGCUUCAAUCCUUUACUGCGACCUAUUCAAUUACCGUGGACGACGGCUCUGAGUCUCCGAACUCGCGCGCGACAGGCGUUCGUCAUGAGCGUGCAGAUCGGCCAAAAUAGUUCGGUUCUAUUGGAAAUUCGAAACGGCAAGCUAGUCGUUUCGCUGGACGGUGCCGAUGUAAUUCGAACUGGCGGAACAGUCGCGGAUGGCGAGUGGCAUCGCAUGGAGAUCGUCUGGCAAAGCGGCCACGUGUCCCUAGACACGGAUUAUCGCGAGCGACCUGCAACCGUGCCGCUACUAGCUAAGCUACAGGGUCUCUACGUCGGCAGAAUCCUCGUGGGUGGUCCAGACCAAGCAACCAACGUUGAUCUACCGUUCUUCGACGGCUGCCUGCAGGAUGUGCGAAUUGGUACCAAUCAAAGUGUUCUUCAGCGGCCGACCGUCCAGGAAAACGUCGACGCCGGUUGUCCGGCUGAGGCCCAGUGCAGCUUGGAAUGUCCGCAGGCGUCGGUCUGCAUCGCGCAAUGGCGAUCGAGCGAGUGCGUAUGCGCGGCUGGCCGCGUCGGUCGCGACUGCGAACGCGUCUGCAAUUACGAGCCCUGCAAUGAUGCCGGCACCUGCAUCGAGGACUCAACGGACGUGCGACGCGGCUAUCGAUGCGAAUGCGAUUCUUCCGAUAUAUCCGGAGAUUAUUGCGAGACGAAGAGCGAGCAACCCUGCCCGGCGACAUGGUGGGGAUCCCCAAUCUGCGGACCCUGUCACUGCGACGAGUCCAAGGGUUACGACCCCGCUUGCAACAAGACCACCGGCGAAUGCCACUGCAAGGAGAAUCACUAUCAGCCGAGCGGGCGAAAGGAGUGCAUCCCGUGCGAGUGCUACACAAUCGGCAGCUUCGGGGCCCGUUGCGACAGCGAGACUGGCCAGUGCCGCUGUCGGACCGGGGUGAUCGGUCGUUCGUGCACCGAUUGUCCAAAUCCUUAUGCCGAGGUGACCUUAAGGGGCUGUGAGGUAGUCUACGACGGCUGUCCCAGAUCGUACUCGGACGGUCUGUGGUGGCCGCGGACUCUCUUUGGGAUGACGGCCAUCGAGGAUUGCCCAGGCACCGCCGAAGGCAAAACCUCGAGAUCCUGUGACGACAAGUUGGGUGGUUGGCAAUCGCCCGAUCUCUUUAACUGCACUUCGGAGGCUUUCGUUGAGCAACGACACCAGCUGGCUGCCCUGGAGACCAAGGAUCUCACGCUAAACACAUAUGUAGCCGUGAAGAUGGCCAAGGACGUUCACAGAGCGGUGAAUGUUACGAGAGAGAUGUACGGAGCGGAUCUUCUGGUGGCGGAAUCUUUGCUGGUGGCAUUGCUGCGUUACGAGGAAAGUCUAGUGGGUUUGAACUUGACUCACAGCCAGGACAAGGAUUACGUCUCCCAUCUGGUCGGCAUAGCCGGAGCAAUUCUGCGAGCGAAAUAUAAAGAAAAAUGGGAAAAGAUAGGGGAACUUAACGGAGACAAUCCCGAUAAGAUUCUGGACGCUAUGGCGAAAUACUUGAAGACUUUAACGGCAUCUCAACACGAUACUUUUACCAAUCCUUUUGAAGUAGUCGACGAUAACGUUGUGCUGGGUCUAGACGUCGUAACAUCAGAGAGUCUCUUCGGCUACGAAGCCGUCGAGUAUAAAGAAGAUCUUUCCUUAUCAACGGCGAGACCCGUGGAAGCCGAUCGUAAAGUCGUCUUGCCCGAUACCUCAGCUUUUCUGAGCUCUUCAACGCAUUUUGGUCCAUCUAUUAGCUUCCCAAAGUACAACAACUACAUGGCUGAUCCCAGAAGAUUCGAUCCUCACUCGAAGAUCCAAGUACCGCUCAAUACGUUAGGUAUCAAAUCCCUCAUGCAGGGUGAAUUGAAUGUCAAGAACAGUCUGAACAAUCGGAAGGCUGUGCUAAGUUAUGUGCAAUACAAAGAACUCGGUGCUCUCUUACCACAAAGAUUCGACGACUCGGUAGCAGUUAGAUGGGGAGUAGAAGUAGCGGUUGGAUCGCCCGUAAUGACCGUCUCGGUGUUAGUUCCCUCGGAUGACGGCUAUGAAUCUUUGACAGGAAUCCCUUUGCAAUCGCCAAUUCAAGUCAGACUUUGGCUCAAUGAAAACGAUGAUUUUAAGACCAGAACAAAUCCGCAAUGCGUCCAUUGGAGCACGGCGAGAGGAGUCGGCGAAUGGAGCCGAAUGGGCUGCACCACGGAAAUCGAGGACAAUUCUCUAUCUUUCGGUACUAUCGUGAACUGCUCUUGUAUGAAACUGUCCACUUUUGCCAUACUGACGGAUGUCCUUGAUCUCGAAUAUGUCCCCGAGCCAUCCUUGCUAGAGGAUGUGACCAGUUAUAGCGCAUUUAUGCUCGCCUUGCCUCUGCUAUUAUCCGCUCUGUUAAUCCUGGCAUUGAUCCGCGGCGGUGGUACCAACUCCAACAGUAUCCACAAGAAUCUAGUGUUAUGCGUUCUCGUGGCGGAAAUCCUGUACCUGAUUGCGCUGAAAGCUAGAAAUCCUCUUAUUUCCAACGAAUUUCCAUGCAAGCUUACGGCGAUAGGAUUGCAUUACGCUUGGUUGAGCACCUUCGCGUGGACUCUCGUAGACUCCGUUCAUCUGUAUCGGAUGCUGACGGAAAUGAGAGACGUAAAUCAUGGCCAGAUGAGGUUUUACUAUACGAUGGGAUACGGUCUGCCGGCUGUCAUCGUUGGACUUACUAUCGGUGUCAGAGCCGAUCAGUAUGGAAAUUUCUAUUUCUGCUGGUUGUCCAUCUACGAGACCGUGAUUUGGUCGCUCAUAGGACCCGUCUGCGCGGCAGUGUUGGUAAACUUUUGCAUUCUCGUAAUGUGCAUCCGCGCAGCAUUUACUCUGAAAGAGCACAUCAUGGGUUUCGGAAAUCUACGAACACUCCUGUGGCUAUCCGUGGCCUCGUUACCUUUGCUGGGCUCGACAUGGACUCUGGCGGUUCUUAAUGCAUCGGAGAACUCACCGAUGCUGUCAUACUUGUUGAGUAUCGCUAUUGUGGUUCACGCGGCAUUCAGCCUGAUCGGCUACUGCUUCAUUAACGGCAGAGUGAGAAGAAAUUUGUAUCAGAGUCUCUUGAGAUGCAUGGGCAAAAAGACACCUUUGCUGGAAGGGAGUAUGGGCAAUGGAAGUAGCAGUCAAAACGUAAACGGCCACUCGCGUUCGGCAUUAGCUUAUUCCUCAACCUACAGUGGCGCGGAAUCCGUGUGCAAGAGAGUCCACGUCGGCGUUUCUACAAGCAGCACAACUUCAAGAAGUACAAAUAAAACAGGUUCGAGUCCUUAUCGCAGCGAUACGCAUUUGAGACACACAUCAACCUCCACAAGCAAUUACAAUAGCGAUCGAGAUCCGUACCUGUCGUCCAGGAGUCAUCGAUCGGUACUACAUUCUCGACAAGCCGAAACCUCGACGGAGGUGAGAGGUCAGCGCAGAGAAUCGGAAUCAGAUUCCGACGGCUCGCAAGCUGAAGGAGGCGGCAGAAGCCUGGACCUCGCCAGUUCGCACAGCUCCGACGAGGACGACGUCACGUCGAGGUCACACAGGAACAUGGGAGUGUCCACGCAGCAGCACGUUACCCAUAGCUACCUACCCAACAUUCACACGAAUCCUGCUGAACACUUAAACAUACUUUGCUCAAACGCCGAGCUGUUCCCCAACAUUAAACCCAUUUAUGCUCCCCGAUGGAGUUCCCAACUGCCAGAAGCGUACUUAUCGUCAAAUGUGAUGGACGUGCGGGGUAGCCAAUGGUCCGGUGGUACCAUGUCAGAUAACGAGAUGGCCUCGAAUAAAACCUCGAGUCCAAACCCUUUGCCGUAUCCAGAAAUGAGCUCGCCGCAGAAGAACCAGCCGGACGAGAACUACUCGGAAGGUGAAGAGAAUAAGGUGCACCAUCUGGGCGAAAAGUACCUGUUUCCCUAUACUGCCGAGGAAGACCAUACAGUGUCGCCUACCCCAUUCAUGUUGUCCAUGUCAUCGCGCAUCCUCGCUUCCAGCAUGAGCCAUCAUUCGCAGAAUUCGAAUCACGAGAAUCUCAGUGGUUCCGAGCAACGUUAUGGUAGCCUGAAGCGAGGCCAAAGUCUGCACGGUUCCCAGCACGACAAUCUCAGCGGUUCCGAGAGGUACGGCAGUCUGAAACGUGGCAAAAUGGGCACCCCCACCGUUCUGGAGGACAGGCCCGAGUACAUCCUGCCGAUGAGCGGCAGAAUACUGUCGAGCUCGUUGACUCAUGAUCUACAACACAGCAACGAACUGGCGGCGCUGAGGCAGCAGCAACAACAACAACAGCAGCAACAAUACGAACAGACCAUCACCGAGACCGACGAGGAGGUAAGCGAGCAUGACGAUAUAAAUUUAUAAAUCGCAACGAUUGUCUCUAUCGCUAACUUUCUUCGUAUUUCCGUGAUAUCGUCCGUGAGUCGGAGCUAAUUGCAAAAUUGUUACUGUUGCAGGAAGGAUAUUAAUGCGGAAACGUCCGUCUAACGAGGUCUGUGACACGAACGAGAACAACGUACAAAGUAAUUUAAUUUACGCCUAGCUUAAGUGUCCAACGCGCAAUAAAGAUUCGAACGAUCGUCGAUAUAUAUAUAUAUUUUAAGAAGCGGCCAUGACUGUACUUACAUACUUAGCCAUAUUAAUUAGCAUGUAUGUGUGAGUGCCUGUUUAUAUAUUGCAUAUGGAAGGUCUAUCAGAGUAAUCUUGAGAGAUAAUCCUUACAUUAAAAUAUAUUCCAAUGAUUUAUAAUUAUAUGUAUGUAUGUGUAUAUAUUGAUAUAUAUUUAUAUGCACACACACAAUAUAAAUUAUAAUUACAAAUGGGCAGUUUUCGCUUAUAUCAUUGGAAAAUAUCUCGAUGUAAUUUUUAUCUACUGUUACGCAGUUGAAAGAUUCAGA